GAUAAGCUAGAGAAAGAAAGGAAGGAAAAAGAAAAAAAGGAAAAAGAGGAAAAAGAAAAAAAGGAAAAAGAGGAGAAAGAUAGAAAGGAAAAAGAAAGAAAGGCGCAUGAGGAAAAAGAAGAGAAGGCGAGACAGGAGAAAGAGAAGAAGGAAAAAGAGGAGUUACAGAAAAGAAGGAAGCCGAGGAGAAACAAAAAAAUGACAAGAAAAUUAGAAAGGAAAAGGAAAAUCAGAAAUCAAAGAAUGAGGAAAAAUGAAAGGAAGGAAAAAGAGGAGAGAGAGAGACAGAAAAAUCAGGAAGAAAUUAGGAGAGAAGGAGAGAAAAAGGACAAAAAUGAAAAAGAAAGUAAGAAAAAGGAGGAAAAACAGAAAGAGGGGGAAAACAAGAAUAAGAAUGAGAAAGACAAAGAAAGUAAGAAAAAGGAUGAAAAACUAAAAGAGUGUGAAAAGAAGGAUAAGAAUGAGAAAGACAAAGACAGUAAGAAAAAGGAGGAAAAAACAGAAAGAAGAUAUGAAAAGGAAGACAGAUGAACAUAAGAAAACUGAUAAAGAUAAAAAUACUUAAGAACUCGUAUAGAGAAAUCGAAAUAAAAGAGGAUGAAGAGAGGAUAGACAUAGAGAAAAUCCAGGAAAUGAAAGAAAAUAGAAGAAACAGAAAGAGAAAACUAGUAUGUGAAAAGACUGACAAAGAUUUCUAGAAAAUGAUGGAUAUGAAUAUGAAAGUAUAACAAUUAUCAAGAAAUAUAAAAUAGAAAACAGAUGUUAAAGGAAAACUGAUGUGAUAACUAAUACAGAAAACAGAUUGUUGGAGAUCAAGAUGACUAAAGGAUUAAUAACAUUAACAUUUACUAAUAGGAUAUCUUAAACAUUUACUAUUUUAAUAUUGGUACAAGUACAUUGUGUAUUUAUAAAACUUCACAAUUAUUACACUUCGCAAUUAUGGACACUUUAAUUAGUGCAAAUAUUGCAGGAAAAUACAUUGACACUUAAGUAGUGCAAGAAAAAAAAGAAAAACAUUAUUAUUAUAUGAAUUACUGUAUUGUUAUAGUUACAAAAGACUGUUUCAUUUAAGUAAAUUUAUUGCUAUUAAGAUUGACAUUG